AUGGUCAUCUUUGUGGUAUUGCUGCUGCUGCCCCUGAUGUUAGGCAAAUAUCCAUCGUUGCAAUGUUCCAUCAGAGACCUUGUUCCUACUCUUCACAAAUAUUAUCAAUCAGGGGACCUCAUCAUUGGUGGCAUUAUGUCUCAGGUCUUUAUAUUUUCAAAUACCAUAACCUUUGAAAAACAUCCAUCACUGGAGCUUUCUGAUCAUAUGAUAAUGACACAGCUCUACCAGCACAUUGUGGCCCUGGCAUUUGCUAUAAAGGAGAUCAAUGAAAACACCCAAAUCUUACCCAAUGUCAGCCUGGGCUUCCACAUCUAUAAUGGGCAUUUCAGUGCAAGAGGGACCUAUCUUGCCUCAUUGGAACUUCUCUCCAGAAAAGGGAGAUUCAUCCUGAAUUACAAGUGUGAUGUUGAGAAUAUGCCAGUAGCAGUCAUUGGGGGACCUAACUAUGAAUUCUGUUUCCACAUGGCAACUGUCCUGUCUAUGUACAAGAUGCCACAGCUCACCUAUGGCACUUCUCCUAUGAGAAAUAACAAUAUCCCAAAUAUUUUCUUCCACUGGAUGUUCCCGGAUAGAGUUCAUCAAUAUGAUGGGAUUCUCCAGUUACUCUUGCAUUUCAAAUGGACAUGGGUAGGGGUAAUUUCUCAGAAUGAUGAUCACUCAGAGGAAUUUGUACAGAAUGCUCUUCCCGUGUUUGCCCGGAAAGGUAUUUGCUUUGCUUUUAUAGAAAGAUUCCCCAAACUAACGUCUUCCAAUGACUUUGAUGCAAUGGUGGAGGAAGGUUUUGAAACAAGCAUCAUUGUUAUGGAAAGCUCUACAAAUGUUGUAGUUGUGCAUGGUGAAGUUCAAACCAUGAUGACAAUGAGAACUUUACCUCAGGUAGCAGAAAUGGAGGAUUUACCAUUAGAAAUGAAGACAAAAAUUUGGAUUAUGACAGCCCAAAUGGAUUUCACAUCAUUUUCCUUCCAAAGGAAUUGGGAUAUCAGUUUCAUUCAUGGUGCUCUAUCCUUUGCAAUUCACUCAAAGGAUUUCCUAGGUUUCCAAGGAUUUCUUCAGAUGAGAAACCCCACCUUAGUAAAAGAAGAUGGUUUUAUCGAGGUUUUCUGGGAAGAAGCCUUUCACUGUUCUUUUCCCCUCACUCCAUUAGACAAGGAAGCUGGAGAAUUCUGCACUGGGGAGGAGAAACUGAAGACUCUCCCUGGGUCUGUUUUUGAAAUGAGCAUGACUGGCCACAGUUACAGUAUCUGCAAUGCCAUCCAUGCUGUGGAACAUGCAUUGCAUGCCAUGCGUUCGUCCAAAUUCAAACACAAAUCAAUGUUGGAUGGCACAAGAUGGAAACUUCUAAAUCAACAGCCAUGGCAGAUCCACCCCUUUCUGAAAAGUGUCUCAUUCAACAAUAGCGCUGGGGAAGAUGUUUCCUUUGACCAAAAUGGGGAAUUAGUAGCUGGAUUUGAUAUUAUCAACUGGGUCACAUUCCCAAAUAAAACCUUUCAUAGAGUAAAAGUAGGAAUGAUGAACCCACAGGCUCCCCUAGGGAAGAGGUUCACCAUCCAUGAGGGUGACAUUACUUGGCCCAGCAGGUUCAACCAGGCACAACCCCUUUCUCUGUGUAAUGAGAAUUGCCCUUUAGGUUACAAUAAGAGAAAGAGGGAAGGGAAGCCCUAUUGCUGUUAUGAUUGCCAUCCAUGUCCAGAAGGGAAGAUUUCCAACCAGAAAGAUAUGGAUGAUUGUUUCGAAUGCCCAGGAGAUCAAUAUCCAAACAAUAACAAGGAUGGGUGUGAUCCAAAAGGGAUAACCUUUUUAUCAUAUGGAGAACCGUUGGGAAUCAUUUUAGCCACUUCUGCUCUCUCCUUGUCCUUCAUCACAACUCUGGUGCUUGGAAUCUUCAUGAAGCACAAGGAGACUCCCAUAGUCAAAGCCAACAACCGCAACCUCAGCUACACUCUCCUCACCUCCCUCCUGCUCUCCUUCCUUUGUGUCUUCUUAUUCAUGGGACAACCGGAAAAGCUGCCAUGCCUCCUUCGACAAACUGCUUUCGGCAUGAUCUUCUCAGUGGCCGUUUCUUGCAUAUUGGCCAAAACCACCAUUGUGGUUCUAGCUUUCAUGGCCACCAAACCUGGCUCCAAGAUCAGGAAAUGGGUGGGAAAACAAUUGGCUUGCUACAUCGUUCUUUUAUGCUCUCUCAUUCAAGCCAUGAUUUGUUGCAUGUGGCUGGCCAUCUCUCCCCCAUUUCCUCAUGUUGACAUGCACUCAAUGACAAAAGAAAUUAUACUGGAAUGUAAUGAAGGAUCAACUCUCAUGUUUUACUUUGUCUUGGGCUUUUUGGGCUUUCUGGCAACUAUUAGCUUCAUUAUAGCUUUCCUAGCCAGAAAAUUACCAGACAGUUUCAAUGAAGCCAAAUUUAUCACCUUCAGUAUGUUAGUCUUCUGCAGUGUGUGGCUAUCCUUUGUUCCUGCAUAUCUGAGUACCAAAGGGAAAUAUAUGGUGGCUGUGGAGAUCUUCUCUAUCUUGGCUUCCAGCACUGGGUUACUUGGUUGCAUCUUCUUCCCCAAAAGUUUUGUGAUUUUGUUGAAGCCAGAGCUGAACAGGAAAGGACAGAUAAUAACCAAGAAUUAA